UUUUUGGCAGAGUACGGAGCUAGCUGGCUACCGCGAGAAAUCGGCAAUCGACGACAGCUCAAAAGCCAGCCGGAAAAACACAACGAGACACACAGUUUUUCCAGACACACGCGAAUCGCAGUUUGGACUUAUAGGUCAAAGAAACCGAAACGUGUACGGAGCAUUAAAUUGGUGCUUGGUUUGGCUUGAUUUUUGGCGGCGUGCUCCCUCGCUCUCAGAGUGUCCACCUGCCUACACUGCAGCACGUAUCCAGAUCUUCAACUGAAAUCGACAACAAAAAGAAAAAAAUGCCCGACACGGAGAUCAUUGUGACCAAUGCCGGGGAGCCCUCGACCAAGGCCAGUCUGAUUGUUGUCUCCAACCGUUUGCCGUUUGUCCUGAUACGCAAUCCCAAAACUAAGGAACUCGAACGCAGAGCCAGCGCCGGCGGUCUUGUUACGGCCGUCUGUCCGGUGGUGAUCAAGGGCGGCGGUCUAUGGGUGGGCUGGUCGGGCAUACAUCUGGAGGAUCCCAAUGAGGCCAUACCCGAAUCGAAUCCGUACGAUCAAACGCCGACGGCUGGCCUGAAGUCCGAUCAGGUUGUUUCGGUAAACAUCGAUGCAAAGAUCUUCGAUAGCUACUACAACGGCUGCUGCAACAAGAUCUUCUGGCCGCUCUUCCACUCGAUGCCGGGCCGCGCCAACUUUGGCGGCGAGCACUGGCACGACUAUGUGACCGUGAACAAGUUUUUUGCGCUGCGCACCAUCGAGGCCCUGGAGAAGUGUCUGGCGAAGAACAAUGGCAGCGAAAAGAAUCCGCCAAUCGUGUGGAUACACGACUAUCAUCUGAUGCUGGCCGCCAAUUGGGUGCGUGAGCAUGCCGAGGAGAAGAAUUUGCCGUGUCGCUUGGCCUUCUUCCUGCACAUACCCUUUCCGCCGUGGGACAUCUUCCGCCUGCUGCCCUGGUCCGAUGAGAUACUGCAGGGCAUGCUCGGCUGCGAUCUGGUCGGCUUCCAUAUACAGGAUUAUUGCCUGAACUUUGUCGACUGCUGUCAGCGCAAUCUGGGCUGUCGUGUAGAUCGCAACAAUCUGCUGGUGGAACACGGCGGACGCACCGUGCGCAUCCGACCACUGCCCAUUGGCAUACCCUACGAGCGCUUCGUUAAUCUUGCCCAGAAUGCGCCCAAGGUGCUGAAGACGUCCAAGCAACAGAUUAUUCUGGGCGUCGAUCGGCUGGACUAUACGAAGGGUCUGGUGCAUCGCCUGAUGGCGUUCGAGGCGCUGCUGCUCAAGUAUCCGCAGCACAAGGAGAAGGUCAGCCUGCUGCAGAUCUCGGUGCCGUCGCGUACCGAUGUCAAGGAGUAUCGCGAGCUCAAGGAGGAGGUCGAUCAGCUGGUCGGACGCAUCAAUGGACGCUUUACCACCGCCAACUGGGCGCCCAUACGCUAUAUCUACGACUAUGUGAGCCAGGAUGAGCUGGCCGCCCUGUAUCGGGAUGCGGCCGUUUGCCUGGUGACGCCGCUGCGCGAUGGCAUGAAUCUGGUGGCCAAGGAGUUUGUCGCCUGCCAGAUAAACGAGGUGCCCGGCGUGCUGGUCAUUUCACCAUUUGCCGGCGCCGGCGAAAUGAUGCACGAGGCGCUGCUCUGCAAUCCGUACGAGGUGAACGAGGCCGCCGAGGUCAUACAUCGUGCGCUGACCAUGCCCGAGGAUGAGCGUGUGCUGCGCAUGGCGCGUCUCCGUCGCCGCGAGGCCGAAUGCGAUGUUAGCCAUUGGAUGCGCUGCUUCCUGAAGGCGGUGGGCGCUCUCGAGAUGGACGAUGUGGGCACCACCAUUAUGCAGCCGGUCUCAGUGGAUGACUUCGAUGACUACUUACUCAAAUACAUCGGCUAUAAUCACAAGCUGGCCUUGUUGCUGGACUAUGAUGGCACUCUGGCGCCAAUUGCGCCGCAUCCGGAUUUGGCCACGCUAUCGCCCGAGAUUAAGAACGUUCUAUUCAAGCUCUCCAAUCACUCGGAUGUCUAUGUGGCCGUCAUUUCGGGUCGCAAUGUCGAUAAUGUCAAGAAAAUGGUCGGCAUCGAGGGCAUCACCUAUGCGGGUAACCAUGGUCUGGAGAUUCUGCAUCCCGAUGGCAGCAAGUUUGUGCAUCCCAUGCCCAUUGAGUACGAGGAUAAGGUCAGCCUAUUGCUCAAGGCGCUUCAGGAUUCGGUGUGUCGCGACGGCGCCUGGGUGGAGAAUAAGGGAUCGCUGCUGACAUUCCAUUAUCGUGAGACGCCCACACAGCUGCGUCCCGAUAUGGUUGACAAGGCGCGCAGCCUGAUCGAGAAGUACGGCUUCAGGGCAACGGAGGCGCAUUGCGCGCUCGAGGCGCGUCCGCCGGUGCAGUGGAACAAGGGUCGCGCCUCCAUUUACAUAUUGCGCACGUCCUUUGGCGUUGACUGGAACGAACGCAUCAAGAUCAUCUAUGUGGGCGACGAUAACACCGAUGAGGAUGCCAUGGUGGCACUGAAGGGUAUGGCGCGCACGUUCCGCGUUACCUCGUCGGAUAUUGUGAAGACCGCCGCCGAUCAUCGCUUGCCAUCGACUGACUCCGUUUACACGCUGCUCAAGUGGGUGGAACGGCAUUUUAUGGGCCGCAAGGCGCGCGCCAAUUCGUUGACUUAUCGCCCCACCAAGGGCGAUGGCGUCCAAAUGCAAAUGUCCCUGGAGGUGGCCACGUCGGCCAACAGCCUGGAUGUGUAGCGCGGCCAGAGUUAACCAAACAUAUAUGCACAUAUAUAUAUAUAUAUAAUUUGUAAGAUCUUAAGAGUAAAGUAAAUAAAAUAAAUCAAAAAACCAA